AUGGCUGACCUCUACCCGCAGACCUACACCAACCGCCAGCCGUACCACCGCCAGGACUCCGCCCAGCAGUACUCCCUCUCCGCCAACUCCACCAUCGUCUACCCCACCCAGCUCCUCUCCUCCCAGUCCGCCCUCCCCGACGACCAGAACAACAACCAGCAUGAGGCCCACUCCCAGUCUCCCCAGCGCCAGUCCCAGUCCCCAAAGCAGGACUCCCCACCCGCCCAAAAGCCUGAAGGCGCGUCCCAGCAGCCCGCAAAGCCCCAGGCGACCUUUCUCACCAAGCUCUACGCCCUCCUCGAACGCCCCGAGAACCACCACAUGAUCCGCUGGGAUCCCCAGGGCGAGCACAUCAUCGUCGAGCGGCCUGAGCAGCUCGCGCUGCACGUCCUCCCGAGUGUCUAUCGACAGUCGCGCUUCGCGAGCUUCUCCCGGCAAUUAAAUAUCUAUGGCUUCAUGCGCAAGGUUAAUCUGCGCAACGUCGAUCCCGCCAUCGACGACCCUGAUGCCAGCACUUGGUCCCAUCCCACCCUCAACCGUCACUCGCCGCCAGACGUCGUCGCCAACUUCAAACGCCGUGUGCCUCCCCGUCUGCCAAAGCCCCGCAAGCGCGACAACGACGUCCCCACCAUUCCCCCUGCCCGCAGUACCCUCGGUAUGGGCCCUGUUCCGCUCUCCCCUCCAGCCACGGCGGCCUCGCCCAUCAGGGGCACUUCGCGCUCGCGGGGCUUCUCAGCCCCAGGGUCUUUCACCCCCUUGAGCCAGCCUGGAGCCCCGGGCUGGGGCACGAGCUACCCGCGUUCCACCCUUCCUCCUCUGACAGUCCCGGACUCGUCAAUGUCGUCGCACGGUGGGAUCUACCCGCACUCGGCACAUCCCCUCCACUCGAUAACCCCGACGGAUGAUACGCCUUCGUCAGCGUCCUUCAGCCCGCUGACGUACAGCCACCAAGGUCGCGACUCGAUGAUGCUGCCGUCGCCGUCGACGCAAUACCCUUACACCGACCAGACCUCGAGCUGGUCCUUCUCGCCGAACACGAACUCAAGUCACUCCUCGGGCAGCCUCUCGAGUUUGCUGAACCCGAGCAGCAGCGUCAGCGGAUACUCGACGGGGUCGCGAGCGGCGGCACCCCCGCCGAUCAACACGUACUCGUCGUACUCGGUCUUGGGGCGCUCGCACCACAGCGCCGCACCGCUCUCGCCCGACAGCCGUCCGACCUCGGGGUACUCCAUCUCGUCGAUAUCGUCGCUCGCCACGCCGUACGAGGACUCGCACCACUUUGCGCACGACUAUUCGCGCCCGGGCUCGAGCCACCACGGGUCAGCCCGCCCGCUCACACCGUCGUCGUCCCGCCCGGCUAGCUCCAAGGCGUACAACAACGGAGGGUCGAUGAGCAUCCGCAGGACCAGACGGCACAGCCAGGCCGUCUCCCCUUACCCGUCGCCGUACGGCGACCAUCCUCCGCUAUCCGCGGGGUCAGAGCGCCCCUCGUCCUCGCCGCAGCCCGGGGAUGAGCACGACGGCGCGGGUGGGAUGCCGCGCGUGCGAAGCAUGAUCCAGCUGCCGAGCGUGGACACGUAUGCGUUCAACCCCGCGCAGGGCGACUUUGCGUACGGUGCGGUGGACGAGCACCACGCACAGGCGGGGAUGUACGGGGCGAUGGCGGGGCGGAGUGUGCGGCCGUCGACGUCGGCGUCGUCGCUGUCGACGAGCAGCUCUGCGGCGAACACGCCGGGGGGGGACUUUGGAGCGGGGGCGGGAGAGGCGGACAUCAGCCGAUUCUCACCGGAUUUCGGCUUCGUCCAGAUGAACGAACAUAUCCCGCAAUACGUUAAGGGCGAGCUGUAG